AAUUCCAGAUAUCAAGAAUUCUUCACGUAUUACUACAAUUGUUAUUGGGGCUAAUGAACUUGGAGACUUUAAGAGAAAUUUUAAUAAUUUAUUAAGUGGAUCACUCGCUGGACCAGUAUUGACAACAGUAAUAAAAACCAAAUCUGUAUUGAAAGAUAAUAAAUGGAUAACAGCUACGGAGAAGAACUAUAUAUAUUAUCGCGAUCAAACGAAGCGACCGGAAAUUUCAAAAACUUAUAACACAACAACUUACACCAAUAGCCAACAAUUUGGUAGUGAAGAAGGCAAAGAGAAAACGAUGAACUUCGAAACCGACGCAUAUAAUCUAAAUUAUGCACCUGCCGCACAUCGUAGUGUUGAUGAUAGCUUUUUACCCAGUAGUUGUGCCGAGAUUAUGAAGCAAAAUAUUGGCGCUACUAAUGGUGUACAUUCUAUAUACGUUUUGGGUUAUGGACCAACCGAAGUAUACUGCUUUGCAGAUCCUGUGGGUUCGGGUUGUGCAUGGACUGUCUUUAUGCGUCGCAUAAAUACUGGUGAUUCAUUUGAUAAAAAUUUUGCGGAAUACAAAUUUGGUUUCGGCGAGCCAAAUGAAAGUUUCUUUCUUGGACUCGAUCGUAUAUAUGCGCAAACAACCGAAACAAAACAAGAAUUGGGUAUAUUUACGAAAUUUGAAACAAACGAUAUCGAAGUGGAAAAAUAUGCAUACUUUGUAUUGGGCAAUGAAGAAACGGGCUAUAGAGUGGAGGAGUUGGGCGCAUUUUCGAGAACAUCUGCUAUAAGUCGUCUAAUGCGAUUUUCGAAAUUCUCUACACGAGAUAUGGGUAACGGCUUUCAGUAUGAUAAAUGUGCACAGGUGCUCGGUAUGGGCUGGUGGUAUUCGGAGAGAUGUAAGAG